AUGGCCUUCGAAGCAGGAAUGAUCAUGACUCUCAACUUGCUUUUCCUCGGCCAUCAUGUGGUGAAGUACCGUGGACACUUGCAGGCCAUAAUUGCGCCGGCAAGGAGCUUUGUCCAGGCAUUCGGCUUCCACUUCUCCAAGCGGAUGGAAGUUUCUCCCGAAGAUGGCCGAGAUGCAGAAGUGGCACAGGCCUUGUGGGAUGUGCGAGGUCGUGCAUACCGACAUGCGACUGAACUCUUCAUUCACCAGAGCGCCAUUGCCGUGACUGGUCUGAGUUACAACUUCUAUACCGAGCCGACCCUCUCGAGCCUGAGCCAGCUAUGCUUGAUGAUCUUCGUAUACAUGCAUCACUGUCUUUGUUUGGAGAGGGCAAUCUGGAAGGGAAGGAAUCUUCGGACCUUGUACAUCAUUUACUACACCGGCUUUGGUCUAACUGUGCUGGCAAGCUGCUGGCAGCAGGAGACUCAAGAGCGGGCAAUGAGCAAGCAGGUCUUCAACGUGAGUGCUCGCAUCCUGUUUUCGGUGAUCUUCAUCGACACCGCGACAGCUUGUCCGGCACAGGCGGCCAUCUCCUUGGCGGAGAUCGGCCAAUACGCCUCUGCGUCGCACGUGGCCUUCGGCGAUGUCGUGGUCUUCGCGUGGGUUCAAGUCUUGGUCGCCUUGGGGCUUGUUGCCCUCUCAGCCAUCCUGGAGUAUUGGGUCACGUGUCACGUGUCUGCUCAUCUCGACACCAAGUCCAUGUUAUCCAGCUUCCGGCGGAUGCUGCGGGGCGUGUGCGAUGGGGAGGUCUUGUUGGACGAUGAGAUGAAGAUCCAGGAAGACACCGGAUGCCUGAAACAUUUGUUGAUGCACGCUGGGAGCUUCAAAGGGAAGGAUUUUGAGGAGUUGCUGCUCCCGUCUGAAGUGCCUCAGUUUCGAGACUUCAUGAACCAGUCCAAGCGCGAUGCGCUGCAGCCGGAGGAGCAGAACGGGACGCCACCAUGCUUGCGCAUCUCAUUGAAGGGGGCUUCAACGUUCCGGGUUGGGGUGGAUCUUUGGCAUGUCCCGAUGUGCAGAAAAGAUGGCACUCUUCAUGUCCUAGCGCUGCGAGAAGACUCCGAUACACGCGCCCCUCGCGAAGAUCAUGAGCCGGACCGCGAGCCGCAGCCUCUCCCCCAGAUGAUUCCCCGCAUGAGUUCGGAGAAUGGACCCGAACGAUUGUGCGGUGCGGUUUUGGAGGUCUCGCCCCCCCGCGGCCAAGUCGGACCAGAAGUCGGAAGAGGAAACCAUGUCGCAGAAGUCGUCGCUGUCGUUGCUUCAGAGUUUUCCAGAGCUCCAAGAUAUGACCCUUUGCGUGGACACCUCCAGCAAUUGGUUCGACGCUUGGACGCAGCAGAUCGAAAGACGCAGCCUGACGCAGCGGAACCAGAUCGGAAGACGCUCGAAGAUGUGGAACAGGCACACCUGAGCUUCAUGCGUCAACCGCAGUCCUCCCAUCUGUCGAUGCCCUCCUUGCGACGCCUUAUACGACCCAGUGAGUGGGAGACGGUGCGGAGCAAGUUGAAGGAGGUUGGUUGCGGUCAUCGAGACGGCUCAGAUCACACAGAUACGAUGGAGAUGCAUCUCUUGGAUGAUGCGAAGCAACCCUUGAUUGCCCAAGUCCAAGUCUCUGCAUAUCGCCCACCUCGAGGUACUGUAUCAAAACGAAAAGGUGGCACAGAUGGGAUUGGUGAAGAUACCCUCAUUGUCACCUGUGGGAGUGUGUUCAAUUCGAUAAUGUAA